UUGUUUAAAAAUUCAAUUUACAUAACAAGCGAACCUAACAACUCCUCAAUCGUUAUCUCUGGACUUAGCAAAAGCUGAAACGAAGCUCAAAAGUUUCAAUAACAGUUCCAUAUUAAAAGACAUUUACGUUCUAGGUAGUCAUCUUUCCAGUACUCUCAAAAUGUCUUUCCGCAAACUUCCCCUUCAUGCCACUUCAAACUGAGUUACCAGAAGUAAAAAGGCAUUAUUCGACUUCCAAAGGAACCCAGAAGCAAAAUUAAUCACCUUAUUUGCCCCAGUUUGAGGAUUUAAUUUAACUUCUGGGCCCCCCAGUGAAACUAGUUAUCGAGACCUCACACACUAUACCAAUACCCAAAUGUUUGCUCCCGUCUCCAGCACAUGCCGAGAACCAUGUUUGGUUCUUGACUGACACACAAGCUCCAGUCUCUUCGCCCUUAAGCCCUGAUCAAGCAGGAACCACCUACAGCUCUUCACACCCUUCCCAACCCCCGUCCCGGAAGUUGCGUCACGGCGCUCGUGCGCCCUGUCCCCGGAUGCACUUUUACAUCCGGAUUCUUAGAGCGGACUCAGAGCUCCACGGUCCCGUUAGCUAAUGCGCGACCUCUCCGCUCGCUCUUUCUCCACUUCCACCAGCCUUCACUGUCCGGGCAGCCGCCGCCACCGCCACCGCCGCCGCCGCCGCCGCCGCCGAGAAGUCAGGAAGUUCAAGAUGGCCGCCGCGGACACCCAGCCGCUGCGGGAGCAGCCAGAGGUGGAAGAUGCUGAUAAUUCUGAAAAGAGUGUAAAUGAAGAAAAUGGAGAAGUAUCAGAAGACCAGUCUCAAAAUAAGCACAGUCAUCACAAAAAAAAGAAGCAUAAACAUAGAAGUAAACAUAAGAAACAUAAACAUUCCUCAGAAGACAAGGAUAAAAAACAUAAACAUAAGCAUAAGCAUAAGAAACAUAAAAGAAAAGAAGUUAUUGAUGCUUCUGAUAAAGAAGGUAUGUCUCCAGCAAAAAAAACUAAACUUGAUGAUUUAGCUUUGCUGGAAGCCUUGAUUAAAGCUGAAGUUGAUAAUGAGUUAAUGGAAGAAAAGGUCCAAUCUGGGAUGGAGCUCAUAUUACAAGGUUAUGAGUCUGGCUAUGAAGAAGAGGGGGAGAUUCAUGAAAAGGCAAGAAAUGGAAAUAGAUCUAGUACUAGAUCUUCAAGUACAAAGGGGAAACUUGAACUUAUGGAGAAUAAAAAUAGUACAAAAAAGCAAAGUAAAAGCAGAUCCAAAGAACGGACUAGACACAGGUCUGAUAAAAAGAAAAGUAAGGGAGGUGUUGAAAUAGUGAAAGAGAAAACUAGAAGCAAGUCAAAGGAGAGGAAAAAGUCCAAAAGUCCAUCCAAAAGAAGUAAGUCUCAAGAUCAAACAAGAAAAUCAAAAUCUCCUACCCUGAGAAGACGAUCUCAAGAGAAAAUUGGGAAAGCCAGGUCUCCUACUGAUGAUAAGGUUAAAGUUGAAGAUAAAAGCAAGUCAAAAGAUAGGAAAAAAAGCCCAGUUAUAAAUGAAAGUAGAAGUCGUGAUAGAGGCAAAAAAUCCAGAUCCCCAAUUGACUUGAGAGGUAAGUCUAAAGACAGAAGGUCACAGUCCAAAGACAGAAAAUCAAAACGGUCUGAAACUGAUAAAGAAAAUAAGCCAAUUAAAUCUCCCUCUAAAGAUGCUUCCUCUGGGAAAGAAAAUAGGUCACCCAGUAGAAGACCUGGUUGUAGUCCUAAAAGAAGAAGUCUGUCUCCGAAACAACGUGGUAAGUCAGGAAGAAGUAGAUCUCCAUUUGUAAAUGACAGAAGGUCUAAGCAGAGCAAAUCACCUUCUCGGACUCUGUCUCCUGGUAGAAGAGCCAAGAGCCGAUCUUUGGAAAGAAAGCGAAGAGAACCAGAAAGAAGACGACUUUCUUCUCCAAGAACACGACCUCGAGAUGAUAUUCUCAGUAGAUGCGAAAGAUCAAAAGAUGCCAGUCUGAUCAGUCGGUGGUCUACAACCCGAAGAAGAGUGAGUAGAUCUCCCAUUAGGAGGAGAUCUCGUUCCCCACUCAGACGUAGCAGGUCUCCCAGAAGAAGAAGCAGGUCUCCUCGGAGAAGGGACAGAGGUCGGAGGAGCAGAUCACGCUUAAGAAGGCGGUCUCGAUCACGGGGUGGUCGUACACGUGGGAUCAGAAGCCAAGUAAAGGAAGAUAAAUUUAAAGGAAGUCUUUCUAAAGGAAUGAAAGUUGAACAAGAAUCUUCAUCUGAUGAUAACCUUGAAGACUUUGAUGUAGAGGAAGAGGAUGAAGAAGCCCUAAUAGAACAGAGAAGAAUACAAAGGCAGGCGAUUGUUCAGAAAUAUAAAUGUCUUGCUGAAGAUAGCAAUAUGUCUGUGCCGUCUGAAGUGAGCAGCCCCCAGAGUGGUCACCUUCUCCAGAUGACAUUCUAGAAAGGGUAGCUGCUAAUGUUAAAGAGUAUGAACGGGAAAAUGUUGAUACAUUUGAGGCCUCAGUAAAAGCCAAGCAUAAUCUCAUGACAGUUGAACAGAAUAAUGGUUCAUCUCAGAAGAAGCUGUUAGCACCUGAUGUUUACAGAAUCUGAUGAUAUAUUUGCUGCAUAUUUUGAUAACAGAGUCCACUUGGCUUCUGUAUUGUAGGUGAUUGAGAACUUAAGGAUUUGGAGCCUACUAGAAUCGACUGAAACAUUGAAAGUGUUCUAAGAAAGUGCUCGUCUUCGAGCUGCUGGCAUUGGAAAAGAUUUCAAGGAAAAUCCCAACCUCAGGAUUACUGGACUGAUGCAGAGGGCUGUUACCGUGUGAACAUAGGUCAAGUCCUCGACAAGUAUUACAAUGUAUAUGGCUACACUGGUCAGUGUGUUCAGUAAUGUUGUAUGAGCCAGAGAUAAUGCACGAGCUAACCAAGAAGUAGCUGUGAAGAUCAUCAGAAACAAUGAGCUCAUGUUAACGAAUCAAAAACUAUUUUAAAGCUCUGCGAUUUUGGUUCAGCUUCACAUGUUGCGGAUAAUGAUAUAACGCCUUAUCUUGUCAGUAGAUUUUAUCGUGCUCCUGAGAUCAGUAAGUUUCUUCCAAUGUUCUUUGACCUGGACUGUCAUAUGCAGUGGAAACAGUAUAUCUAAUGUCUAAGUUUUAUCAGCUUGACCCACCUUUUAAAAGUUUACUGUAAACUUCUUAUCUAAUGGUUUUGGCACCAUAAUGAGAUAAUCCAUAUCUCAUUUCUGUAUCUAUUUGUCAACUAAUUCAUAAAGCCAUUCCAGGAACGGGCUGUGAUAAAGUCAUAAACUCCAAAAACUAUAAUGGAUUUGAUUUUUCUCAAAAAUUAAAGACAUUUAAAAGUUGACAAAUAAAGAUCAGCAAGUACUUUUGCAUAAUAACUGCAAGGUUUUAAUGAGGCUUGAGUUAGGCAUGCCAGGUUUCAUUCCAGAGAAGCCAGGAACUUUUAUGUAUUCUUAUCUGGAGGCAGUGUUGGGGUCUUUGCAGGAUCCUGUUCAUUGGCAGCUUUCAUUCCCACCUGAGGCUUGAACCAACUAAAAUAAGACAGAAGAAGUGAUAAAUAUUAAUAAAGGCAUAGCUUGUAUUGCAGGCAUGUGUGGGCUUCCCCCCCCAUUCAUAGACAAUGUCAGAGGCCCCCCUCAUGGGAUGCCUGUCUCGGCAGACUCGCAGCGUGGAGGAGAGGGGGGAACUGGGCUUGCAUUAGUACCUUGUUCUGAGGAAGCAGGCAGGGAUGACAUGGCAGCAGUUGCUCCUCCCAAGCUCUAUUGGGAGGAGGAGGAGCUGCAUGGGUAGAGAGCCACCAAGAGCAUUACACAUGGAAUGUCACUGUAUGUGGAAGGCCGCCUGGGAGGGGGAAAUACACAGUCCCCUUGUACGUGAGGAGCAGCGCAGACCAUUACCUCUUACCUCCAGGUAACUUGUCAGAGCUGUGAGCUAAGGACCUGGCUGGGUGAAAACCAGGAGCGAGAGCUGGAUACCUUGAAGCCUGUGGGAGCUGUGGGGAAAAGCUCUCUGCAUUGCUCACUAGCUGGCUGGCUAGCUCACUCUUGCUCCCCUUUUUAAUGAAGUAUUAUUUACACAUGGUAAUGCACAGGAUGGUACACCUUUUACAUGUAGACCCUCAUAUCGCCUCCACUAGACUGAGACACAUAUUCUAGACCACUUCUCAAAGACAACCCACACCGUCUGCUGUCUGAGGAAUAUCCUAAAUACCAAAUAUCCAAGCCCACAGACAAAUUUUUUUUUUAAGUAAAAGAAUUCAAAUUACACCAUUAACACUCAGUUCCAUCACAAAAUUUUCUUUCCAUACCGGCAUUUACAAAUGUAAUCCUGAAAUUGCACCCCCUUUAUCAAUUCUAGCAAUAAUUUCAAAUUUUAAGUAUUGAAAAAUUAAUUUUUAAACUUAAAAAUUCCAUUUAUCAAGAGAUGUUAUUCUUCCAGGGAAAUGAUUGUCUAUUCCAGGUGCUGCUUCCUCUUAAAGAGAAAUUGGAUGUUUUCUUUGCCCCAUGGUGACAGCAUCUGAGAAUUGCCUUAUCGGUGGGAGAUUUCUCAUGAUUUGUCAACCAAGAACAGUCAGAGCAAGAAGAAAUGAAUUUUCAAAAGGAAACCACUUCUCCAGGAACUUUUUCCUAGAACACAUUUAAUGUUUUAGAGAAAAGCAUAUUGACUUUAUAAAUGGGUAUGUUGUCCUUCAAUAAUGUAAGUGGGAUUCUUAUGCUGAAGAAUUUCUUAUACUGAUUUUAAUCUAAGUUAACAUUUUAAAUUCGUCAUUAAAAAUUUUUUUUGAUAAAAAGUGCCCAAUAUACCUUCCCUUAAAAAAGCCCUGUGAGACAUGAAAUAGUUGAAAUCUAGGGGAAGGAUACCCUUGGCACGAUAUAUAUAAUUCUAAUAUGUUUUUAAAUGUCAUAUUAUAUAUUUAAUAUCAUAUGUGUUAACAUUUAUUAGUAAAUGAAUACAUAGCAUAUAUUGUAAUGCAAAUAUAUAUAAAAUAAAUAUAAGUUAGCAUAAAAUACUACAGCUUUCCCACCCCUGUGUGUUUGUACACUGCCCAGCUGGCUAAGAGUAUCAAUACCAGCUGAAAAGACCCUCCUUCAGGCACCCACACCAAGACUAACAGGGCUCAGACCUGCGCAUCCUGGCUCUGACAUGGCACAUGUUAGCCAGGGCUUGGAGAAUGAGAGUACUCAAGCACAAAUCAGGUCAAACUGCCAGCACAGGGGCACUAAUUAGAUAAUAUGAAGCAAAUGACUUGAUAGACAAACACAAAGCUCAUCUGUGAACAUAUUCCCAUCACAGCCAGGCUUCUGUUCACUACCUCAGUAAUGAUUAAACUGUGGCCUAAUUUAUGCCUUUGCUCUUAGUUCUCCUUUUCAGCUCUGAGUGACAGGACAGUCUUUAGUUGUUGAGCAUGGAUGAUAUAAUGGCAGCCAAAGACUGAUUCUCCAGAACACUGAGCUAGGGAUCCCUUUGCCUUUAGUUGACAGUGGAUAGUGGAGUCUCCUUGUAAAGUUAGGGCAAUGGAUAAGAGGCUAGGUUGGGCUUGUUUCAGCGCUAAUGUCCACAAUUAGCCAUUAGAAACUCCUUUGGACUUUAAGGUCAUGCCUAGUAGAAAGCAAACUGCAAAGGGCCCUCCCUGCCCACCUUGGCUGCUCUUGGUCAGGGUCUUGUAUAUUUAAAGAAAUGAGAGAAGCUCUGAGAAAGACCUCUCAGUCAUGUCAUUGAAAUCUCAAAAAAGAUGUCAUUCUAUUAUCACUUCCUUAUUCUCUGAUGCCUUAUAAGAAACCACAUUUGUUCUAAGAGCCAUGAUCGGCUUUACUGUCUAUUCCAUGGUGUUAAUGCACAGUAUCUAGUGGCAUGUUUCACUGCCUUCUCUGACCUUCUGUUUCAAAAUUGUGUAGCUUGUUCUCUUGGGAUAAUAUUCUUUUGGUUUCUUUCUAAAGCCCAAAGUGGGGUUUGCUUGGUGAGCCUUUUCCUAUAAUUUCACUCUCAGUUGAUCAGAUUCAUUUGUGCAUUUGUUCAAAAUGCAUGUGCUGAGUACCUACCCACUCUGGAUUAUUGCCCAGCACUGAGAGGUAAGCAACCAGCACCGGUCAUGGGCCUCCAGCCAGGCUGGAGGCCAGGAUGUCUUUCCUAGGCAUGUGUCCCCAAUCCCAUUCCCAGAGUGGAAGGGUGAGAGGCUGUAUUUGUAUGACAUAACCUCCCCAAAUCCACUCCACUUGGCCACAGAAGAUUGGAUUGAGGGUAGGGGGAGAUUGACUGAGACAAAAUUGUCCAAUUACAAUACCUUCCUAGGAAUUCAGAAUUGAGAUUGAGAGAGAAAGAGUUUGUCUCCCUCCAUAUAAAACAGUGUGGUUGCCAAAGCUCUUUUCUGCCAAGCAGCAGCUACUCCAAAGAUGAAGAGUGAAGCAGGCUUACAAGGGGAAGUGGCAGUAAAGAUGGAGAGAGAUGCUCCCCUCCACACCCAACUGAAUAUCCCUAGGCUCUCACUGAGUCCCAUUUGUGUCCCUGCUUAUUUCUUUCAGGAAGUACUCCACCUGCCUGUGUUACCACAAUAAAUACUAAGUUAGA